AUGGCGGCGGCGGCGGCGGCGGGACGCGCCCUGCCCGGGCUCCCGGGACGCGCCCUGCCGGGGCUCCCGGGGUGGGCCCCGCCGGGGCUCCCGGGACGGGCCCCGCCGGGGCCGCCGCUGCUCCCGGCCCGCGCCUGCGGACACGCGGCGGGCUGGGACCGGCGGGAGCGCUCCUACUGGCGGGCGCUGCGGCGGCGGGUGCUGGGCCCGCCCGUGCCGCCGUUCGCCGCCCCGGUGCAGGUGGGAGCCCCGGUGCUGCGCGGCGCCGCCGCCGCCGUGCCCCCGGAGCAGUUGGGCGGCCCCGAGCUGCGGCGGCUGGCGGCGGCGCUGGCGGCCGGGCUGCGGGACCGGCCGUGCCUGGGGCUGAGCGCUCCGCAGCUCGGGGUGCCGCUCCGGGUUUUCGCCGCGGAGCUGCCGCCCGCCCGCUGCGCCCAGUACCCGGCGGAGCUGCGCCGAGCGCACCACAUCGAGCCCUUCCCGCUCCGCGUCCUCGUCAACCCCGCGCUCCGCGUCCUCGACAGCCGCCUCGUCACCGGCCCCGAGGGCUGCGCCAGCAUCCACGGCUUCUCCGCCUACGUCCCGCGGCACUGGGCCGUCCAUGUCUCCGGCGUGGACGAGCUCGGGGUGCCGGUGAGCUGGGAGGCGUCGGGCUGGGCCGCCCGGAUCAUCCAGCACGAGAUGGACCACCUGGAUGGGAUCCUCUACAUCGACCGCAUGGACCCGCGCACCUUCACCAACGUGGGCUGGAUGGAGCUGCUGGACUGAGCCUGCCAAAAGAACCGGCGUGGCUCCGGGGCUCCGGCUCGGCUUUACUGCAGCCAAUACAGACCUGUGGCCUCAGCGUGGCUCCGGCCCUUCCUGCAGCCAAUACAGACCUGUGGCCUCAGCGUGGCUCCGGCCCUUCCUGCCCACGGCUGUGCACAGGAGGCAGCCGGCGUCCUGCCCACCCUGCCCUGGGCACCGGGAAUUCCUCGUGGGUCUAGCAACAACCUGCUGCCAAGGCUGUGCAGGGGAGGGGCACUGAGGGGAUCCUUCCCUCUGGGGCUUGUUUGGGGCUCACAGUCACAGUGUGGGCAGUAGCUGGGCACAGCACAGGGGGCACCGGGAUGGGGUGGGGGGACAGCAAGGCUGAGGGGAGCCCAGGGACUGCACAGGAGGACAUGGGGUAUGGGCAGGUGGGUGUCAUCAGCUGGUGGCUGCUUCAUCCAGGUAGCUCUCUGUAGGCACAAAUCCCUGUCUGGGAGGCUGGAGUGUGAGGAACGCCCUUGGGAUAGGCAGAGGUCUUUGCUCUGGGUCAUUGCAUUUUGGGGGGUGGGGGGCUGGGCUGAGCCCCCUGGUGUGGGCAGAGCCUUGGGGAGUGGCUGGGCACCAGCUGAAGCACUCGGAUUGUUUUUAUUUUCAUAUAAACAAGACAGAACCCAAA